AUGGAUUUAUUUUAUGCCAAAAUCGUUCAAGAGAUUGAAGCAUAUAUAACUGAUGAUAAUUUAAACAAUGAUUAUAUCAUAGCGAAUUGCGUACAUGAAAAUGAUGGAUGGAUACGACUUGAAUUGUUAAGUCGUUGCAAUAAAUUAUCAAGUUAUAACUAUGAUACAAUAUUGCAAGCUUUAAACUCUAAACAUUCAAAUAUAAUCGAAUUGAGUUCAUUUACACCUCGAUGUAUACGUCGUCGAUGUCAACCAUUAACAGGUGAUAGUAUUCAAGAUAAUCGAACUGUUAUUGUUACAGGUUUACCAUAUGAUGCUAGACAUGAAGAAUUAAUAGAAUUUUUCAAUCGUUUUUAUCCGGUUAAAGAAAUAAAAAUGUUUUCAUUAUCAAAUAGAUUUAAUGGUAUAAUUCAUAUUAUAUUUAAAAAAUCUCAAGAUGCUCAAGAAUUUGUUCAACGAUCAAAAUUAAUACGUAUUCUUUAUGUGAAUGAUAAUUCACUACAAUCAUAUAAUAAUUAUACUAUUACUUGUAAAAUGUUAACUGAUAAUGUUAAUAAUGAUUUUAUUAAACAAAAUAAUCAACAAAAUUUUAUUAAAAUUCAUCAUAAAUCACGAACAGUACCUAUUCAAACAAAACCUUGUUUAAAAUCGAAUACAUGUGCAACAGAACAAAUCCUUUUUUGUCAAAAUAUAGAAAAGAAGAUACCAAUAAGAAAUAUGGAAUAUGAAAAACAAAAAAUUGUGUAUAAUAAAUUUUCAUAUGAAUUUUAUAUUCCUGAUCAUCUUCUUAAACAUACACUUGAAUGUGUAAUAAUAUCUGUAUUAAAUCCACAUUGUUUUACAAUUCAACUUAAAGAAGAUGCAAUAGAAUUUGAUAAAUUUCAAAAAGAAAUUAAUGAUUUUUAUAAUACAAUAAAUGAUAUACAAUAUCAUAUAAGACCAGAACAAAUUCUUAUAAAUUUAUGUGUUAUAUGUUCUGAUCCGAAAUUAUCAGAUAAUGAUAAUAUAUGGUAUCGUUCACAAAUACUUGAUUUUGAUCCAUCUGAUAAUACAGUGAAUUUAUUUUAUGUUGAUUUUGGUACAUGGGAAGAAUAUGUACCAAUAAAUCGUCUUCGACAUAUAACUGAUCAUUUUCAUCAUCAUCAAGUUUUUUCUAUAACUUGUCGUUUAGCUCAUAUUAUUCCAUUAAAUAAUGAUAAUGAUCAAUUAACAUGGACAGAGGAUGCAACAAAUCAAUUUUUAGCUGUUCUUGAUCAAGUUCUAUCAAAAAUAGAAUUAUUAUCAUAUACUGUCAAUGGUUGUUUUCAAACAAAUUUAUUUGUUAUGAAUUCAGGUCAACAUGUUUAUGUUAAUGAUUAUAUGGUACAUAUAAAAAAGGCUAAAUCUAUUCUAAAUAGUACAACAAAUAUUGAUAAUGACAGACAAAAUGGUAUUCAAUUAGAUGAACAUGAUACGAAUGAUAAUGGUUUACCAAUUCAUCCGGUUGUUGCUCUAUAUAAUAGACUAGGAGAAAAUUUUCAACAAUCAAUUGCUGAAUCACGUACUACAAGUAUAAGUAGUUCUGCUAUGUCAUCUCCAUCUACUUCACCAUAUAUAUAUGUUAAAGUUAUUCAAGCACAUAUAGAAACAAACACUAUGAAUAGACAAAAAUAUAAUAAUCCACCACAACUAGUACCGAUUGUUUUUGUUCGUUAUCAAAAAACAAUUCUUGUACCUGAUUUCAAUAUAAAUACUUUACUUCAUAUGAUUGAUCCAACUAUUGAUAUUCAUACAAUAGAACAUUAUGCUUAUGCUAUUAGAUAUACCUGCGUACAUAUAACACAAGAGUCUCAUUUUGAUAUAUUUACACAAUUGAGUUCAUUAUUUGGUCUACGAUAUAUACAUAGUAUAGCAUUAUAUACACUUGAUUUUGUUGGUUAUAUACUUGAACAUUAUAAUUUUCCGGUAACUAAUGUAUUUCUUGCAUUAGAAAAUGCUAAACAUGCUCAGUUACAUGCACCUGAUCUUGGUCUAUGGUUUACAAUGAAUAAUGAACUUAACACUUCAUUUACACUUGUCGCUAAUGAUACAACUAAAAUUAAUCAUUUCAAUGACCAUAGGUCAUCUGUUCCUUCUAUGAGUCAGCAACCGUCAACCUCGAUUCGUCUUCCAUUUUCAAAUCGAUUAAUUAAUCCAAUGUAA